GAAGCAGAGCAAACAGGCAGAAAGCACAAGGUCCUUCCCUGCAUCACCUCCUCCCUAACAGUGAUGGAGAGUGGAGGGGGGAGGAAAUCACCAGGAAAAUGAGUGCUGCCAGGAGGGGAGGAGGUGACCUGGGGCAGUUCUCUCCCUCUGAAGGAGGUGUUGCACUCAGGGAACCCCCCUCUCCCAGAGGGUCACCUAUGGGGCCAGUUGUAACCAGUUCCCUUAUCGAGGCUGGGGGACAGAGCUCUGGCUCCUGUGGGGAUCUGGAAGGAGGCAGCUGAGCUCCCUCUGGGCAGAGAGAGCAGGGAUAUAAGGAGAGGCUUCUGUGGGUAAAGUGAAAACACAGGGAGAGCUGGGGAUAGGAUAGGAAGAGAAAUAGGGAGAGGAGAGGAUGCAUCUGCUGGAUCUUUGCUGCAAAGCCUCACUACUGCUGCUGUUUAUGCCAUGGGCAGGUGGUGAAAAUGAUGCGGAGCUGCAGUCCUUGCAGGAGCUUCUAGAGGCUUUGGAGCAGCUCCAGGAGGAGGAAGGGGCACCAGCCCUGGAAGACGAGCUGGGUGCUGGGGCUGAAGUUGGUGGCUCUGAGUGGGAUCUCCAGGGGCUAGAAAGCAGCCCGGUGGGUGCCCUUCUGCCAGCUCCCAGCCCUCCCCAACCAGCGGAGGGACAGAGCCAGUGGAGGAGCCUCCUCUCCUCCUUCGGACGGAGGCAUUUCUCCGGCUGCUUUGGGACGAGGAUGGAGAGGAUCGGCGCGCAGUCGGGGCUGGGAUGCAAUCACUACAAAGCCCGUUUCUGGAGGAGAAGGAGAAGCUGAAGCCAGGACUGGCUCUCAAGCACUGGUCUUGUCCCUCUGCUGGACAGCCAGCCUCCCCCUGAAGCUUCUGGAAUUUGGGGUAUACAACAAUAAACCUUUUGUAUGAAGCCUCUAGUGCCUUUUGUAAG